GUUAUUUUAGUUCUUAACGGCCGUUAUUACCAGUUUUUAACUAUAAUUCAACCGUCAAAGUCUCUAGAAAUAUCUUCCAUUAAAUCUCCCACCACCAUGAGUACAUAAAUAUACAGACAUACACCAUAUCUCUGUAGCUUUUCAAGAAUCUCCAGGCAGAAACACACACACACAGAGGGAGGUGUAGAAAAUGUUGCCAUCUGCACUACCUUUAAGCUCGAGCAUCACACUGCCUCUACUUCAAAAACCCCAUAUCCUCGCCUUUUCCUUGAGACCCUUGUCAAAAUCCCACGUAUGCUUCACAUUUUCAUCCUCAAACGAAAACCCGAUUGGCGAAGAGGCCCGCUGGCUGAGGGAGGAGCAGCGGUGGUUGAGGGAGGAGCAGCGGUGGCUAAGGCGCUGUUGCAAGAAAUAAACACCCUUAAGCUUAGAAUCCAAGAGCUUGAACGGCUCAAUUCUCUUCAGGGAGCCUCAGUUUCCGAAACUGUUGCGAGUAUUGCCAAACUACUGCAGGUUGUGAAGGAGGCGGAUUUGGGGAAGAAUGUAAAUAGAAUUGCUGAUAGUGGGACGACUGCUGUGCCAUUAGUUGUUGAGGCAGCUAAGGAGGAAGAGGAAGUUGUCAUAAAGGAAGUAAUCAGUAUUCCACAUAAAAAGGAAGCAGUACAAAAGAGGGCAACACUGAGGAUAGGAUCAGAAGGAGAUGAAGUAAGAGUGAUGCAGGAAGCUUUGCAGAAACUUGGGUUUUACUCUGGUGAAGAGGACAUAGAAUAUUCUAGCUUCUCAAGUGGAACUGAGCGUGCUGUAAAAACUUGGCAAGCUACUUUAGGAGCACCGGAAGACGGCAUAAUGACUGGAGAUCUCUUGGAGAGGUUAUUUGGAAAUUCUGGCUUAGGAAUGACCAACAAUCAAGAACAUGAAGGAAUUGGUCCAAAGAAGAGUACAAAUGGAGUCCCAGUUGGUGCCAUUACAGACAUAUCUAAAGUUGAGCAGACGGUUGUAACAGAAGAAGGUGUAUCAAAAGUUGAAGCCUCUCAACACAGAGUAUUUCUUCUUGGAGAGAAUCGGUGGGAAGAACCUUCCAGGCUUUCUGGUAAUAGCAAAAGAACUGUAACCAAGAGUACAAGUGCAAAUGUUGCAACCAAGUGCCUUUCUUGCCGUGGAGAAGGCCGUUUAUUAUGCAUGGAAUGUGAUGGAACUGGCGAACCAAACGUUGAGCCACAGUUCUUGGAAUGGGUAGAUGAAGGAUCAAAAUGUCCCUACUGUGAAGGUCUUGGAUAUGUAACCUGCGAUGUCUGUGGGGGAAGAACAGCAACAGCUGCUUAAAUAUACAUAUCCAGAUAUGUAAAUAUAGCCAUUUAGCACCAACGUUAUUUUUUAACUUAAGCCAAUAUUAAUAGAAGAAAAUUUCCAUGUCUUCUUUUUUCUUUGCUCUGAUAGUAUAAAUUCUAUGGAGAUGUUCAGAUGGUCUUCAGCAGGUCAGGAUUUGGUGUAUAGAAUUAAAACCUGAAUUUAAGCACAAUCAUAUAUUAUUUGGGAUCAAAA